AUAUUAUACUAGUAGGUGUGUUCUAAGUCUUACAUACACAAGUUGUAUAUAACAUAGAGCCUAAGGGGUGUCAGAUUCAUAGACCUGUCACAGGAAAAUCAGAAUUCAUUCGUGUGUGAAAUUUCUACAAAGAUAGUAGAGUAUUAACUGUAAAGUGUAAUGUACUGCCGUGGUUUAAACUGUUGAGGAAAAGGAAUUUAUUUUUCAUUCAUUCAAAAGGAUACUUCACUAAACAGCUGAGAUUUCUUUUACGUUUUUUUAUGUAAAGAAAAUGGAUUAGUUUUGUUACCAAAAAAUAUGAGGUUUAGAAGAAAAAAGAAAUCUAAAUCAAAAGAGAAAAAAGCUGAGGACAAAGAAAAACAAAAAAAUGGUGAAGUUAAAACAGCCUCCUUAGGUCCAAACACACCACAACCAGAAAAAAGAAGUAAAUUUUCUAGCUUUGGUAAAAUAUUUAAACCAUGGAAAUGGAAGCGGAAGAAGAAGAGUGAAAAGAUAGAAAAAACUGCUGUUGAACUUGAAAGAAAGAUUUCAGUUCGAUCAACCAGAGAAGAAUUAAUCAAGAAGGGUGUAUUGAAAGAACCAUUGGACAUAAAACCAUCAACACAAGAAGGGCCGUCAAUUGAGCAGACGUCUGCUGAAAUCAAUAAUGACCAAAACAAAACCUCUACUGUUGUAGUAGAACAAAACCAUGUGGACCAAAAUAGCACAGAUACAGAUAAAGCUGAGGGGACAGAGAAAAUUAACUCGGGGGAGAAUGUUGAUUCAGUGGUAACAACAGAAUUGUCACAGUGUACAACCAUUACUACACAAGCUGAAAUCACACCUGUUAGUUCUAGUGCUGACACACCAGCUCUAACCACUGCACAGGCCAGACCUAUGGUAUUUCCUAAACUUCCCAAUGCUGAUAAACCUGAACCUGCUCCAAAGGAGGUUACCAUGGAAACAGCCAUUCCAACAAAAGAAGAAUCUUCCACAACUAAAGAAGAUACAUCUGUAUCAGAUAAACCUUCAGGUGUAGAAGUUACAAAAAAUAAUGAACAACAACAAGUAAAUAAAUCAGAACAAAAGAAUGAAAAGCAGGAAGAAGAGGAAGAGCCAGAAAUAAUAUAUCCUGAAGGAUAUGCACCUGUUCCUGCUAGUGAACCUGACUUGUCAUUAAUACCUAAAAAAAGUGCUUUGAAAGGGGCAGGUGGAGGAGGCGAUAUUAAGCCUGUCACACCUGUGUCUCGAGAUAAAAAUGAUAAUCAUUCUCAUGUGAACUUUUCUCAUGUAGAUGUUAUAACUACACCUCAGAUAUCAAAUGUGAUAAAACAGCCCUCACCAAAGCCUUCACCAAAAUCUACACCCUUAUCUAGUGCUAUGGCUCGGCCAAAACUUAGAGGCGGUUUAGCCCAUUUCUCUACGGACAGCAAUAAAGAAAAUGUACCUAUUCCGGUUUCCAUGCCAACAGUUCCUCCAACUACCACGUCUUCCCAUUCUAAUGAUGAUUCCUCGUCAGAUGAUGAAGAGAUUCGUUAUCGUGAUGAGGAGGAAGAAGAAGAUGAAGAACAAGAACUGAGUUCAUUAGCAGCAAAAGUAGCUCGCCAAGAUAGUUUAGCAAAAUUUUUAAGCUCUCGACCAACACGUCGGGAAUUAGUAGAGAAAAAUAUUAUACAUUCUGUAUCAGAAGAUCAAGAUAAAGAGAGGAGGUCUGCCAUAGGAACAGCUUUAACUAGACGAUUGAGUUUGCGUCCUUCACAAGAAGAACUAGAACAAAGAAAUAUUUUACACAUGCAAAGUAGUGAAGAAGCAAGAAAAGAAAAAGAAGAGAAGAAAAAAUUUCUCAUAAGAAAGUUAAGUUUUAGACCAAGUAUUGAAGAACUGAAAGAAAGAAAAAUUAUACAGUUUAGUGAUUAUGUUGAAUGGACAGAAGCUCACGAGUAUGACAGACGAGCAGAUAAACCUUGGACUCGGUUAACACCUAAAGAUAAGGCUGCCAUUAGAAAAGAAUUAAAUGAAUUUAAAAGCAAAGAAAUGGAUGUUCAUGAAGAAAGUAAACAUCUAACUAGAUUUCAUAGACCUUGACAUAUAUAGACAUUUUAGUGAUAACCAAAUCAUAUAGCAAAAAGUGCUGGAGCUGGCCAUAAAGUAACAAACCAGGAUUGGUUAUACAAGAUGGUUCUACUGGUUGACAAUGUAUGUGGAACAUCAGGGACUGUAUCACGCCAGGACUCUUGUUUUUUAUUGUCAAAUUGUUUCAGUUAUAUGGUACAUCAGGGAUAAAUAGCUUUGCUAUAACUUGAAUGGGGAAUAUAAGAUUGCAUUAUUUAUAUUUUAAAUUAAAUUGUUAUUAUUGUAUUUAGAAUUUUGUUGUUUUAUCAAUGAAUGUUUUCAAUUCUGAUACAAUUAAAGUAGUGUCUUUUCUUCAUGGAAAUUAAUUUAUACCUGUACUACUUUUUUUUUGAGAAUUGAAGUGAAAUCAAAACAGAAUUUUGUUGUGAAAUAGACUUAAACAAGAGAGAAAUAGAGCACACACUCACAGAUGCAAACUAAAUGUUUAAGGAUUUGAUAUUUGAGAGAAAUUAGUGUGAAGAAAGUUUCUAGCUUUGUAGUACAAAAAGAUAAAAAUAAGAUAAUUUUUCAUGUAAAAAGACACAUUUUACUUAAGUAUUAUAAUGUGAAAAGAUAUAAAGCUAUUUAAGAUCUGGUUCUGUGUGAAAACAACUGGCAUGUUGAUUACAAACUAUAAUAAGAGAGAUCCCCAUAUUUAGCAUGACUUGAUCAAUUUUAAACAUAUAAGAUUGAGAUGCAAUAUAAUUGUACCCAUGUUAGGUGUAUUAUAUUAUACAUUUUACAUAUAUGAGAUGUAAAAUUUUGUUGCAUUUUUUGAUACAUGAUCUUGUUAACAUUGUAUAAAUAUCAUUGGAUGAUCCUAUACAUUGUAAAUAUUUGUCCUCAGUGUCAUCCUUAAACAAAUUAAUUUAUCUAUUUUUUACUUAAUGCACCCAUUAUAUGUUAAAUUUUUAAAUGAUGUGCCACAUAAGAAAAUGAUGAUAAUAAUGAUGAUAUUCAGAUAAUAAUUAAUUAUAACAAAUGUCGAUUAAAGUUAAACGAAAUUGAACUUUGAAGAGUCAAAUAAAUUUGUUGCUUUUGUUCAUGAUUCAAAUGACACUUUAAAUGAAAACAUUGUUUAACUUUAAUUGACGUUUGUGCAAUCCAGUUUUGAUAUUUGACUUGCUUGCAUUUAACUGUUUAAGUGUUGUCGUCUCAAAACUUAAAACUUUUGAUAAUAAAAUUCCAGGAACACACUUUCUUAGUCCAAGUUUUAUAAAUCUUUCAUUUGAACAGGAAUAAUACCUAUAUUUUUACUUGAUUGAUUUUAAUAAUUGCAACCAUAAUAUAAUUUAAAAGCUCCUAAUGCAAUCUCAAACAAUAGUAAUUUCAUAAAAUUCUGCAGAGUUAAAACCAUGAUGGCAACUUGAAAAUCUGAUAGUAAUAUUGUAUAUGAAUGAAAUGUUCCAUGAGUCAAUUCCAACAAAAUAUAAAAAAUAUAAAAGUGAAGUGGUUAUAAUGACCUCUUCAAUGAGAUUGAAUUCAAAUAUUAAGUAAUAUUUCUUGUGUGGCCUAAUUUUGACAGCAUGCUGUUUAAAUGCUUAUUACUUAUGUGAAAACAUGAUAGUAAUGUUUAUAUUUUUAUGAUCUUAUCAAGCUUUAAAUGGAUAGAUGAAAUAAAGAUAACUUCACUGAUGUUUACCGCUGAGUUUAUACAGGAGAACUUGUUUGGGCAAUCUCUAAGUAAUACACAUGGGAGUUGUUUUCUUUGUUUCUUUAUCUUAUAUCAGGCGAAAGACAACUGUGCAUACGGCCUGCAUGGGCGGGUGGUGUUGGCUCACUAUUCCAAAUAAAACCUUCAAAUGGUCAAACAAACAAUAGAUAUAUAUAUAUGUUAAGAAAUAUGUACACAUUAACACAGUUAUAUACCUUGACGGCAAUUAAAAAACUAUUUAGAAAAUGCUUUAAAAACAAUUAUAAAUACAAGAUGAAAUCAAACCUCUUGCAAGCAAUCUGUCAAGAUAUGAAACUGGUGCAAAUAAACUUUCUGUUUGCCCACAAUCUACACAUACUAUGUUUUGUGUUUAAUUUUAAAAUUGCCUUAUAUAUAUACAAGAAAAGGUUAUAGUUUAGUGAAAUUUGAUUUAGUUUAGUUUGCAAAGAUGUCCUCUUCAUUGCCCAUGGUUAACCAGUAAUGUGUUACCAUACUCUUCAACAUAAAUGUUCGGUACCAGAGUUUAUAUUUAUAUGUUAUACAGCUAAACAUUAUUUGCACACUUUUAUAUUAUGUUCAAAAUAUGAAGACACAGUAUCCAAGGUCAUUGCUUUAAAAGUUCUCUCAAAUGAAAAAUACAACAUAAUAGGAUCUUGUGAUUGCCUUGUUCAGUAAUAUGAAUCAAUCGGCCAGCUGUAACUUAAUUUCAGGUAAAUAAAUAAGUAUUUAUGACAACCAGGAAACAAAACAAUGAAUCUUUCACAGUGGAUUCAUUUAUUUUUGUUGAUACCAAUUUUUGUGGAAAUUUUUUUCCCAAAGUCUGUGUACAAGCUUAAAGAAACUAUUUUAACCUUUGAACAUGUAAAUUCAUACCCCACAAAUAAUAAUGAUCACACAGUAGACACUGAGUAGUUGAACAGUACUCAACAAACUGCUUAUGUUAAUCUUUCAAAUUAUGCUAGAUAUAAUCUUAUUAUAUGUAUGAAAUACAAAAAAAUAUUCUAGCUAUAUAUUGUUCGUGAUAUUUCCUACCGACUAUGACAGAGUGUUUUGACACUUAUCAUCUCAAUCAUUGUACUGAUAUUUUGCUUUAAAAGAUGAGAUAUUAUAGUAACCAUAACUUAAACACUAAAAAUACAUUACUUCUUAGAAUACCAUUGAAAUGUAGAUGCUAUCUAAGUGACAUCACAAAAAUCUCAGUUACCAUGUUUUGCUCAAAAACAAUUCAUUCGUGAAUAUAUUUUUUUUAAAUACAGUACAAGUAAUUGAGAUAAUGAAAAUGAUGUCUUUAUUCAUAUACUAUAUUUUGGUAAUUCCUAGAAAGACCUUAGUUUGAAUUAGGCUGUUGAUCAUAUUGGACAAUCCAUAUGUUACUUGGAAGAUAUAAAAAUGAAGUAAUUAAACAAAUUGUAAACUUUUUUUAAACAUACAAACUGGAUUGCCUAAUCAGAAAAUUAUUUAAAUAUAUAUUUACUGUUUUCAGAUAGAUGAAUGUCUAAUGAGGGGCUAAAUAUUUUGAUAAGUUUAUAUAUCUUCAUAAAUUUCAGAAAAAAGGAGUCUUUAUGAUAGCUUUACCUUUUAAUUUAGUGCUCAACAAUUGGUAUCUUUCGCCUCUCUUUUAGGUCAUAAUUCUAUUUAAAAAGUCAUCUUUGUGUCUAAUGUUCAAUAUUUUUUUCAAUGUUAUAUUUUCUAUGAAAAAUAGAGUUUUCAUUUUCAUACAAACAGAGAAGAGUAGAAAAAAAAUCACUUUUGCAGUAGUUCAUUAGUUAAUACAGUUUACACAGUACUUAAUAAGAAAGUACAUCUGCUUUAAGUCACAUGAUGCUCAUGUGACUUUAAAGUGAAAUGUGAUUUGUCUGUAGUAGUUUUCAGUAUUGAUUAUUUUUUCUGUGUACAAUUUGAUAAAUGUUUGUAUUAAUUUUGUGCAAUUUUGUCAUAAAAUGAUGCUUUUAUGUAAACUUAAUAGUAGUUGCUGCAUUUUAAAAUGAAAAGAAAUACAGAAGACUGGACAAUUUAAACAUUAGUUAUCAGUAAAUGUAAAACAAAUAUUACAGAAAAUUUCCCAUUUAAGAAAAUAUAACGUUUUUCUCUAUCAACAUUUUACCAUUCAUGCAAUGCCAGUUAUGCCAAAAAAACAAAAACAAAAAGUGCCAGAUAAUUCAAGUUUCAUGGGGCCACUUUCAUCUAGUGUCAGGUUAAUAAUCAUCCAUGCAUGAACAUGAUAAUUGAAGAACUGACACUUGUUUCAUUAAUACAUUUAUUUUUACUCAUGAUAAUAACUUUAUAUAAAUAAACACAAGUUUGAAAGAUAUCUUUUGAUUCAAGUCCAUGAAGAUCAUGAAAUUUUUCAUUAGUGAAAGAAUUUUUGUCUUUUCCUAAGCGAAGCCUAACAGAAUGAUGACAAGAGUGAAAUUUCUUUCACGAGUUGAAGAGUUCUCUUCUUCUUAUUUUUGACAAAUGUUUUUAUCAUUUAUUAAAAUAAAAACUGAUAUUCCAUUUUCAAACAAUUAACAGACUUUUAUAGAAAAAUUUCCUUGAGCAGUGGAUUGGGGGUUUUCUUUAUAUUAAAGCUAAAAAUAAAUUCAGUAGAAGGUUUAUUACCUAUAGAACUACAGCAACACAAACACUUAAAAUUCACAUUUCAUUUCUAACUAUAGUGAUUUUUUUGCCUUAUUGCUACUUAUUAUUCAGAAAGUUUUCUUUAUCAUUUUCAUAUUAAUAUGACAAUUGUUAUUUACAGGGGUAAUUAAUUAAAAGUGCUUCAUAUUUCAUCUUAGAAUGCAGUAAUUAUACAUGUAACAGAUUUUUAAUUUUGAUUCUUCAUAUGUCCAUUGUAAGUCUUGUACUGUUUCAACAGAGACUUUGUUGAAAUAAAUUAUCUUAUUUACA